AUGGGGACCACGUAUCAUCAGCUUCGCAAGCUCCCCAAGGUUCAUCGACCAGACACAUUCACAACUUGGAUUCUUGAACCUUUUGAACCUUGGAGAAAUUGUGUCCUCCAGGUAUUCAUAAUGAGGUUUUUCACCGCCACGGUGCUUGGGCUGCUCGCGCCCAGCCUGUGCGCCGCAACCAACCUUACUACGUCUAGUCGAUUGGAUCUUCCGUCCGGCUUCAAACCACCGCAGGUUUUCAAAAACACAAAUCUGGUUCGGAAUACCAAUUUGGAAAAGAGCUAUGUGCGGGAAACAGUCAAUGUUGUUGUGGAGAAUGUCGACAAGAAGCCUCAGAACGACUACUACAUCCCCUUCUCUGCCGAGGUGUUUGACCGUAUUGGAGGCUUCGAAGUGAGGGAUAAGAAGACCCCCGAGAAAGGACGCUUCAAUGUGGACUACACUGAAGCUGUAUCAUCUGACGGCAACCAAUACUUCGUCAUUCAUCUUCCCGAGCCUCUGGCCCCGAAGUCGCAGAUUACCCUUGGAAUCUCGUACUCGGUGCUUUCCUCUCUCAGCCCGCUUCCCGCGACCAUUGGACAGGCGGACAAGCAAUACCUUACCUACUCCUUCUCUGCCUAUAUGCCAUCCGCCUACACGACCGAUACCCAGAAGACCAAGCUGAAAUUCCCCAGUACCAAUGUGCCGGAUUACACAACCACUGAUGGUCUCAAGUCCGGCUCGGACCCCGAGCGCAAGGGCGCGACAUACACUUACGGUCCGUAUGACACCGCCGAGGUGGCCCCGGGCACCGAGCACCCAAUUACCGUGCGCUACGAGUUCACUAAGCCCGUAAUCACCGUAAACCUUUUGGAGCGUGACCUGGAGGUCUCGCACUGGGGCGGCAACCUUGCAACCGAGGAACGGUACUGGCUCCGCAACAACGGCUCGGAGCUGACCAACCAGUUCUCGCGCGUCGAGUGGACUUACACCAACUACCAGAAAGCGCCUACUUCGGCGGUCCGUGAGCUGACAUAUCCGCUUCUUCCCGGCUCUGUCGACCCUUACUUCAUUGAUGAUAUCGGCAAUGUUUCGACCAGCCGCUACCGUCCAAGUGUUGGUAAGAGCGCUGGUAGUUUGGAGCUGAAGCCCCGUUACCCCAUCUUCGGAGGCUGGAACUACAGCUUCCGCAUUGGAUGGAACAACGACCUUGCUUCGUUCCUGCGCCGUGCCGCGGGUGUCGACUCCGACUCCUAUGUCCUCAAGGCCCCGCUCAUUGAGGGACCUAAGAUGGCUGAAGGUAUCCAGUAUGAGCGUGUGAUUGUGCGUGUUGUUCUCCCUGAAGGUGCUCACAAUGUCCGCUUCGAGAUCUUCGAUGGAGCCAACAGCAAUGGCCUUCCUGGGGCGAACCACAUUCACGCUCACGUGAGCUCUCUCAAGACUUACAUGGAUACCCUGGGCCGGACCACCUUGACCCUGGCGGUUGACAGUCUGACCGAUGAAGCGCGUGACUCCAAGUUCGUGGUUACAUACGAUUACUCCAUGAUUGACGCCCUACGCAAGCCUUUGACUAUCUUCGCGGGGCUGCUCACAGUCUUUGUCGCUGCCUGGGGCAUUGGAAAGAUUGAUAUCAGCAUCAAGAAGCGGAUCUCACCAAUCGACUUGUAUUUUCCUCACUCUCUUCUUAUUCCUUUUCUUAUUCCAUCAUCCUUCUUCCCUCACUCCCCGCGCAUUUUAUCCUCUGCAGCCAUGCUUCCUAUCGAUGAAUCGCCGAAAAAAUCGCGUCCACCCUCCGUGGACAACAACGUCACGCAAGACUCGCCGUCCAAAGUAAACCUGUCUCCCACCCGCAAUCCCCUCGGCCCAGUGGUGGUGUUCAUCGCCCGAGCCUCGAACCUGACCGACCACAGCUACCCAAACGCAACCAUGACCACCGCCCAAAUGCACGAAUACCUUCGUUCACUUCUGGUAAUCACCGUCGCGGAGCACCGCAAGCGAUUCGGGGUCCAAGGGCUCCGUCCCCACAAGAUGCAGACAAUCAUCCAACCCGCCCAUACCCGAAUUCCAACUCUCAGUCGAAUCGGCAAGUAUCUGAAAAUGGCUCUCGAAGAAGCCCGCUCGUCCAGGUCUGAAUGCAUCUUCGUCUUGCAUGGUUGGGAUGGCUGGACAACGGACAAGAUGACCAUCGCCGAACUAUGCGAGCCAUUCCGCGACGUCCCUUUUUCCUUCCAUGUUUAUGCCAACCGUGGCACACCUCGUGAGUUCUUUGAAGUUAACGGUCAUAAGGUGAAUGCGUACUUCAGACACACGAUUCUUGCUGAUGAUCCGGCUAUUGUUGGUGAUCGUUCCACCGCGCUUUUCAUUCGCAUGCUGGAGGUUCUGCCUACCUUGGGAUAUGCAAGGCAUUACCCUGUUCUUUCGGAUGUGGAAAGGGAUGCCCUUGCCAAGUACGAUGGGCGGAUUGCUGGGGUUUACGAGCACAAUGAACCCGGGGUCCCUCCAAAGCCUGAAGAUGCAAACCCCGACGCUCCAAGGUCCGGCGUUUAA